AUGGAAACUCCUCAAAAUCGAUUCACAUCUAUUAUGAAUACUACGAUUCGAUCACCUCUCUUAGCUCUUCCGCCGGAAACAUUUCUUCAGAUCUGUAAAUCACUUUCACCGGCCGAUUUACUCUCUCUUUCAACUGUUUGCAAGACAUUUUACAACGAUUUAUGUCACAGCGAUUCCAUAACUAUUCAAGAGAUUUGGCGUCAGUCACGACUUGAACAUAUUCCAUGUCGAGAAUUAGGUCCACUUGAAGGCAUGACAGAACGAGAUUAUAUAAGAUUUUUAAUGGAAGAUAAAUGCGGAUUUUGUGGAGUCAAGAAUAGAGUUACAAGAAUUUAUUGGGAACGAGGAGUUCGCGCAUGUAUUGGAUGUUUUAGAGAAAAAACUAUUCAUGAAGACAGCCUAUCCUAUAUUAAAAACAUUAAUCCUAACAUUGUUGCAUUUCUCUCGUCCUCAACCCAUAAAGAUGGCAACAAAAACUGGCGUUACUGGUUCAACCAAGUACAGUCAAAAAACAAUGAAUUCCAACUUCUCUCUCAGCAUGAACGCGAUGAUUGGGUCAAACAACAAUCUUUUAUCUUCUCUCAACGCGAGCAACAACUAACAUUACGUCGUCAGGAGGACGAUAAAUGUCGAGAACAUGUAUUAAUCGAGCGAAGAAAAGCUAUAAAUUCGAAAUUAGACGAAAUUUGUUCAUUGAAAAAUCCUGAUGGUAGUCAGAAGUAUACAAGAUUUAUUUUAGAUAUGUGUCCUAGUCUAGAAAGAUGUUAUAAAUAUGAAAGGCCGUUUAAUGAGCGAGGAUGGAUUAUUUUGAGACCAAAGUUGAUAAAGGAAUAUCACGAAAUUACGGAAAGGUUAGUGGUAUCAAGUGAUGAUGGAAAUAGCAGUCGAGAUGGCGACUCUUCAGACGAUGAAUCCGAUGCUCGGAUGGCUAUGUUUUUUCUUGCUUAUGCUCUUAAUUCUCUUGUUAAUAAUUCCUAA